AUGCCUGAGUCCGGUUUUGAUUUGCAGAAAGGGAGAACGCCGGAAGAAGCCACGCGAACAAUGAUAGGGAAAGCCCUUCUGAUACUGUGCGCCUGCUCGACGGUGUCCCAGUGCUGCUACGUAUUCCCAAAAGAGAUCAAGGACCCCUGCGCGAAGCUGAACUGCACCCUCGGCUCACAAUGCGUACGAAGUAGAGACGGGACCGAGGCCUCCUGUGAAUGCUUGGAAUCCUGCCCGAAUUUAGGGGAUCACGAGGGAUCGGGUCCUGUCUGCGGCACAGAUGGCAUCGACUAUCUGUCUCUCUGCGAGCUAAACAGAGCGGCUUGCGCGAAGGGUGCUAAUAUCACUGUCGCAUUCCAAGGCAAAUGCGAUCCUUGCGGUAACGUGAUGUGCGUAGAACCGGAAAUCUGUCAGUUGGACGACUCGAGGCAACCAGGCUGUCGUUGCGGCGAGCAAUGCGGCCUCGAGUUCUCGCCAGUUUGUGGAAGCGAUGGUAAAACGUACUUGAAUGAAUGCAGCCUCAGGCAGGAAGCCUGCAGAUCGAGAUUAUCGCUCAGAAAAGUCUACAAUGGCGCCUGCAGUUCAGGAAUCAAUCCGUGCAACGAGGCAAAGUGCAACCCCUACGAGCAGUGCGUCAUUGACCGACAAGGGAUAGCAAGCUGCGAGUGCGGCCCAGAAUGCGAACCGGUGAUGAGACCGGUCUGUGCGCUUGGCGGGAAAACAUACACGUCACUCUGUGAGCUGAAGAGGCAAGCCUGCUUGACCAAGACCAGCAUCGAGGUCGCCUACACCGGAACCUGUGGAUCUAGAGGGCCAUGCUCCGAGAAGAUUUGCCAGUGGGGCGCCAUCUGCGCGGAGAUCAACGGUACCGCGAUCUGCGAGUGUCCAACCUGUCCCGCGGAAUUUCAACCUGUCUGCGGCGAUGACGGCAUCAGCUACGGGAACGAGUGUAAGCUGCGCCUGGAGGCUUGUCGACAUCGACGAGAGAUCAGUGUGCUGUACCAGGGACUGUGCAACGGAUGCGAGAAGAAGAAAUGCGAGUACUACGCCGAGUGCGAGAGCGACAACACUGGCGAGGUGAAGUGCGUUUGCCCGGGAAAGUGCGAGAGUUCGGGAAAGGAACCUGCGGAUGCAGACAAGGUAUGCGGGUCAGACGGGAAGACCUAUGCCAACGAAUGCUCACUGAAGGUAGCUUCCUGUAAAUCUCAGACCCACAUCACUGUCAGCUACAUUGGCGACUGCGAACUGUGUGCACGCGUCGAUUGCGAACACGGUGCUCACUGCAUGGCCGGUGUGUGCGUUUGCCCGGACGAGUGCCCGGCGAGCAACGGCGAGCCCGUGUGCGGCAGCGAUGGGAAAACCUACCCUUCGGAGUGUGAACUGCAGAAGGCGGCCUGCGGCAGGGACCCGAAAUUGCCGGUCCUGCACGUGAUAGUCUACGGCGAUUGCAGCGAGCGAUUUGCUGUCGCGGCAUUGACCACGAUGUCGACGCCCGCGGUGGUUCGAUUGGUCACCGCCGCAGUCGACGUGACCAGCACUCAGGGCCGAGAGGAUUGCAAGAACAUCAACUGCGACUUCGAGGCGACCUGUGAGCUAGGCCCGGACAACUAUCCAAGGUGUAGCUGCAAGUUCGACUGUGGCUCGAUCUCGCCGGAAAAUAUACGUCCCGUUUGCGGCAGCGAUUUGAGAACCUACACGUCCCUGUGCGCGAUGAAGAUGGAGGCUUGCCGGAGGCAGCAGGACCUGAGACCUAGACCCCUCGACCUUUGCCAAGGUAUGGAAGUGAAACCUUGCAACGGUGAUCCGCCCAUAGUGGACAGCGAUGGAAAGGAGUACGACUGCGGGAAUGGACCGGAGCGAAGAGACUGUCCAAGCAACAGUUACUGCCACCAAACCACGAGACUUGCUCGGUGCUGCAAGAAAGCUCAAGAAACCCAGGUGGUUAAGUGCGCGGACACCUGGCACGGUUGCUGUCCGGACGGGAAAACUGCUGCACGCGGACCGAACGGUGCAGGUUGUCCGAGUUUGUGCAACUGCAACAGGUUGGGCAGUGUCUCUGACACCUGCAACCCGGAAACAGGGCAAUGCGAGUGCAAACCAGGCGUGGGUGGCCUGAAAUGCAACGGAUGCAUGCCGGGCUACUGGGGUUUGCCCAAGAUUGGCAAGGGUCAUCAAGGAUGCAUACCGUGCGGCUGCUCGCUCUUCGGCUCCAUCAGAGAGGACUGCGAACAGAUGACGGGUCGAUGUGUAUGCAAACCAGACAUCAAGGGACAGAAAUGCACGAUCUGCACCGGUCACAACAAGAUAUUAACACCGACUGGCUGCUAUUCAGCGGAUACGAUACCGCCGAUGCCGACGUCCUGCAACGAGCUGGAAUGUUAUUCAGGCGGUCACUGCUCGGAGAUCGGUGGCCCACACUGCGUCUGUCCGUCGUCCUGUCCAUCGGACAUACCGUCGGUCCCGGUCUGCGGUAGCGACGGACAGACAUACGACAACGAAUGCGAGCUAAGGCUCUACGCUUGUCGCCACCAGGCGGACGUGGUCACGCAGGCGUUCGGCCACUGCAGAGACGAUCCCAUGGUGAACACGGACUUCCCAGAGAAAAGGUACACCGAGGUCCAAUACACCCAGCCGGCAGCCGCCAUUUCUCCAUUAUCAAAAUCCACCAGGCAUCUGUUGGUGCCGGAACCGGAUCCACGGUAUUAUUACACUCACCGGGCCCAUCAAGAAACCAUCACGAUCGACAGAGACAAUUUAAAACACGGUGUGGAGGCCGCGUACAGACCGACUCCGGCGACGAUACGCGUGGUCACCGCGCUGCUCGGCGAUCUGUGCACGGACGACAAAGACUGCACCAUACCGAACAGCGAGUGCUCGAACGGCGGCUGCAUAUGCUCCGAGGGAUACGCGGAGACUAGCGAUAGACAGGAAUGCUUUGCUAAUUACGUGCCGGUCACACCGACCGAAGAGUUCCGUGCCUGCCUGUCGUAUCCGUGUCACGCGACAUCGACCUGCAUCGAUCUGCCAAGCGCGACGUUCGUGUGCAUCUGCCGGCCGAAUUACACCGGUUUAUUGUGCGACGAGGAGAUCAACAAACGGGAUUACGAGGUGCCGUCGUUCGACGGGAAGAGCUACGUAAGGAUGAGCAGGCUGAAGGCUUACCACAAGUUCAGCAUCGAGGUGGAGUUCAAGACGUACGCUGACAAUGGGAUUAUACUUUACAACCAACAGAAGAGCGACGGGACAGGGGAUUUCGUGUCGCUGGCCAUCGUCGACGGUCACGUGGAGUUUCGAUACAAUUUGGGAAACGGACCGGUGAUUCUAACUUCUCCGGAGAGGGUCACUAUGAAAACGUACCACCGUGUGGCGGCGAAGAGGUACCACAAGGACGGGGUUCUGAUUUUCAACGACGGCGAGGACGUGGCCGGUCAAAGCCAAGGGAUGCUGAAGUCGUUGGACUUGAACCAGAACACGUUCAUCGGGAACAUGCCCACAAAUUUCUCCAAAGUAUACGAAAAUAUCGGCACGAACCACGGUUUCCUCGGUUGCAUCCGUAAGCUGAAGAUCAACCGAAACUUCGUGGACCUUCACGUGGGCAACGACAAAGACAUCCUGGAGACGUACCGAGUGAAGGAGUGCGGGGAGAACGCGUGCGCGAAUCUGCCCUGUCAGAACGGUGCGACCUGUCAGCCGAUCUUCGAGGAGGAUCUCUGCGACGGCCGUGAGUGCCGUAGGAUCCAGAAACGUGGGAAGGGUAGAAACAAGGGUGGCGUGAACAUCGUUCGUUGCCAGGGAUCGCAUUGCACAGCGAUCGAUCAACGGCGAUCGAAGAAGAACGGGAAGAAACGUUGCGCGACCCCGAAGUGCGAUUACGAUUACGAGGUCGAUUACGAGAACGGUUACGAACACGGGAAUUACGCGGUGGAGAAGUACGAUCCACCUGAUUACAGGUGCAUCUGUCCACCCCAGUUCACAGGUAGAAACUGCGAGGAAUCGUUAGAUCCUUGCAUCGGCGAACCAUGCCAACAUGGCGCCACCUGCGACAUACUUCCGCAGGGCGGUUACGUUUGCAAGUGCCCACCUGGACGAACCGGUGAACACUGUGAAAUUCUGGAUGCCGAACUAACGGAGUUGCUGAUACCCGAGAUGUCCGGGGACGGUUUCCUGGAGCUUCCCUGUCUGGAGGGUGUUGCGAAAGCGUUCUCGAUCGAGCUGUGGUUCCUCACGCACGCGAGCGACGGUCUGCUUCUGUACAACGGCCAACUGAACAACGGCCGCGGUGAUUUCAUUAGUCUGAACCUGGUCCACGGUAAAUUGGAGUUCAGAUUCAAUCUUGGGAGUGGCAUCGCCAAUAUCACCUCGCCGGACACCGUUACCCUCGACACCUGGCACUGCGUGCGAGUCAGCAGACUCGGCAGAGAGGGUGUUCUCCAAUUGGACGACGGUACGGUCGCCAGAGGAUUGUCCGGCAGCCCUCUGACCGAACUGAAUUUGGAGAUGCCGCUUUACGUCGGCGGCGUUAAACAUUGGCGUGAGGUUCAUCGUCUAGCAGGAGCCUGGACGGGAUUAGUAGGCGCGGUGCAGAGGCUGAUGGUGAACGGAAAGACGUACCAGAACCUGGCCGUAAAUGUUACUCAACACAACACGGAGAUUUACGAUGGUUUGCCCUGCCCAAGUAACGAGAAUCCUUGUCACAACGGCGGUGUGUGUUUGCCUCUUCUGAACAGCUAUCUGUGCAAGUGCGCCAGCGGUUACAACGGCUUGCAUUGCGAAUUUUUCAUGGGCUACGACGUAUCCACCGAGGUGUUCGAACGGCCGGUACGCUUCAAGGGCGACAACUUCCUGCAAUUCCGUCAUCGUAACGGUCGAAGUACUAACUCGACUAACACUACCCUCGGCGAGUACUUUGAGGAGUCCUACUCCGACUACGACUUGGAUGAGGACGUCGACUACGAGUACGACAGUUACGAUUACACGGAGCGCAGAGGACAACAGUCGAAUAAGUUCGAGCUGAGACUGAGAACGACGCAUCCGGAGGGUCUGAUCGCCUGGAUCGGUAGGGGUAAAGUCGAACAUCUUAUGCUGUCGUUGCACAGCGGCCAGGUGGUUCUCACGUACAAGAGCAAAAUCGAGCACAUAUCCUUGAGAAGCAGGGAACGAGUGGACGACGGCGUGUUCCAUCACAUCCGUGCGUCGAGGAGACGUCGUGCAACGACGAUACAGAUCGACGAUUUCGCCCCGGUCAAGAUGUCGACGGAGGCCACGCUGCUGACGACCAACGGCAAGCUGUUCGUCGGCGGUAAACCUGGCCAUCGUGGCGUCAAAGGCUGCGUGUCGGACUUCGUCGUGGACAAACGGCGGGUACAGUUGGCCAGACGGAAGAUCGAGCACUGUCACGACAACGACGUAUGAUAACGAACC